AUGCAUCUUGGAAAAGUCAGGGAUUGUGAAUUUGUUAAUACAGUGCAGUCGUUCAGACGCGAUGAAAUCAUCCGAAAAUAUCCGCAAAUAAAAAAUUGCUUCGGUAUCGAUCCCUCAUUUAAAUACGUCGUCGUCUCAAUGGUCAUCGCACAGUUCGUCAAUGCCUGGAUGCUCCGAGGCCAGCAUUUUCACCCGUUCCUGCCUUUAAUUAACGCGAUGUGUUUAGAUGCGGACUGGCUUCUCAUAUGUUUGCAAGCGUAUUUUGUUGGUGGUACAAUAGGUCAUUCGCUUACGCUUGCUGUUCAUGAAAUCUCUCACAAUAUGGCAUUUGGUUGCGCUCGACCACUUGCGAACCGCUUAUUUGGAUUUGUUGCGAAUAUGCCGAUGUUGGUGCCGAUGUCAGUGUCGUUUAAAAAGUAUCACCAGGAGCAUCAUCGUUACAUGGGAGAAGAAAUCCUGGACACUGAUAUUCCAACAGAUUUUGAAGCACGAUAUUUUAAGCACACAUUUGGAAAACUGAUUUGGGUACUUCUCCAACCAUUUUUCUACGCUUGCCGUCCGUUUUUAAUUUAUCCGAAGGCUGUAACGGAUUUGGAGAUCCUCAAUGCAAUAUUUCAAAUUACGGUUGAUUGUGUCGUUAUCAGUUUUUUUGGUUGGAAAGCAGUUGCAUAUCUUCUUGGCGGAUUUUUUGUUGGCUCAGGUGCUCAUCCUUUAGCGAGUCACUACAUUUCUGAUCACUAUGUUUUCAAGCGUGGUCAAGAGACCUACAGGUAA